AUGGACGGAUUAUGUCGCCGGGGAGUACAGUACGGCGCCCAAAAGCUGCUCGGAGCUUCACGUCUCCAUCGUUCGUCAGUAUCUUCCCAUCAGGUCGACGAAAUUGCCGUGGGUGCCAAGCGCAUUCAUCUUCACCCCGAGCACUGCAACACCAUCACGGACAUCGUCUGUAUCGCGGAGAAGGAGCUCGUCGUCACUAGCUCCUUGGACAGGCGUGUUUGCGUGUGGCAGAUGCCGACCUGGAAGCUCCGCGCAAUGUUCCGCGACCACACGCUCGGCGUGCAGGCGCUUUCGUACCUCCGCGGCACUCUCCUCUCCGCUGGUUUCGACUGGGAGAUAAUCGCCUGGGACGCGGAUCGGCUGGAAAAGAUAGGAACCAUGAACGGGCACAAGGCCCCCGUCACGGCAGUCGCACAGAUGGUCUGCCCGACGAACUACGAGGACAUGAAGGCUGUCUCCGCUGAUUGCAACCACGAAAUCAGGGUGUGGGACCUGAGUGGUUGCAUCGCAGGAGGCAACACGAUCCCAUGCCUCAUGGUUUUCCGUCUGCCUCAUUCCCCGGGUACCAUGCAAGGGCCAAAGCAAAUAUUCCUCCCAUUCGACCAAGAGCUGUCGGUAAAGGGGUACUCCAACAUGCUCGUCGCCACCCACAACGUCAUAAGCUACGCCGCACGAAAGAUCAAGAAGGAAUUCUUCGUUCCUCCGGCCGCCGAGUACAACGCGAGCUCCGCCCACUUCCUGAGUGCCUUGAGGCGCAACGUUCACAUCUGGGACGCCACGUCCGGGGAGUAUGUUCGGAAGCUCAUUGACGUCAGCCCGAGCGCGGACAUUGUCAGCGCGUGCUUCGCUCUCCCGUUCGAGCGCCGGCUGAUCCUCGGAACGGAGGACGGGAAGCUGCUGCUGGUUAACUACGUCACGGGGGCUAUUCUUGAUGAGACGCAACCACACAGUGCCGAGGUGACGCAAAUGGCGUACUGCAAGGCGACGAAAAUGAUCAUCUCCGCCGACUACCACGGGGGCGUCGUCAUCACAAGCGAGAUACAGUGCAAGCUUAAGGAGCUACAAGUGCUCGGGUUCCAACAUCUUGACUAUGUGGCGGCAGCCGUGCAGAGCGUCGGGGAGCCUUCCACGGGGCUGGCGUUCCUCGACGGCUACUCUAUCAUCGCCCUGGGAGACCUGACAAGGGUGUGCUUCUGGCAUCUUGACAUGGAGACGUUCAAGUUAACCUGCUUCGCGAAGCUGAGCGUGCCGGCGGAAACCCUGGGGCUCUCGCUGGAUGUCUUGAAUUCCAUCGGAGUGCUUCGAAUGGAAAAGUCCACCGCCAACGAUUCUAGGUCAGCAGAGAGUCAACAGCAACAUGGAGGGAGUGCUGGCCCGCGGGAAGCAGAAGUUGUCGGCGAGACGGGUGGAGACAGAGAUCGGGGCGACUCCGCAGACACUGACCAAGCCGGCAAAAAACGUGGCGAUGCCACCAAGAAGGAUCGGAUCCCUGAACAAAAGCCGUCCGUUUCAAGUGCUACCAGUGCUGCGUCGAGUGGAGGUGCAAAAAUAACGGAGGAGUAUGACGAGGGCGAGGUUUGGAUUGCUCUGGGGACAGAGCGGGGUAGACUCGCGUGCUGGGCGCUGGAGGAUGUACUGGAGUCUGACGCCACGUUGAUACCCGGCCUGAAGCUGCGGCCCGUGCCGGACUCCCUCUGUCCGGCCCUGCGAUCUUCGUUCAACCCCUACUCACUUAACGUCGAGCCCAAAAAGAGCUCCCAAGCACCGCCGGUCUUCGCGGCGGCCGCCACCGGUGUUAACGUCGGCCACUCGAUCGGAAGCGCUUCAGCCAGUGUUGACGCAAGCGGAAGCGGUGUCGCCGAGAGCUAUCGCCGGGGCGAUGGCAGCGUUGCCGAGUCGGGGGCGACGGGUACAAGCGGGCUCAUCGGGGAAGCUUGCUUUGGGGACGACGACGAGGACUGCUCGUGGCGUGUUCCGGAGGCGUCAGCGCCGAAGGCCGUGUGGCAGGGUCACUCGGGCGCGGUCUCUAGGAUCGGUUCGUGCAGCCAACCCCCGUGUUUUUUCACUCUUGGAGAGGAUGGCUACCAGCGGACAUGGUCGGUCAAGGGCAAGGUUCUAGGACAAUUUGCUCUCCCUAACGCCUCAGAAACCCACCACAAGCGCAGGCUUUUCCAAGACAUAGGGUGGAGCUUCCUGGUGGACACCGUCCGCGUGCGGCCGCUCCACGAGGAGAUGACAGCCGGACUACUGGACGAGGUGGAGAGACGGCGUGCCCAGAAGACCUCGAGGCGCUCAACGUCGUCCCGCGGAGGAUCGAGCUUCUACAAGACCGUGCUCGACGCUACCUCCGCCGCCCCCGCUGCUGCCCCGCCCUCUCCUUCCGCGACCUCAACCCCACAAACCGUCACCUUCGGUGAACGGACGGCGUCAUCUGGUCCUCUUGUGGCCGGGCGGGCUGCGAGCGCGCCCGUCGGAGUGGGAUCCCACCCGUCGGGUGCUGCCGCCACGUCUCCCGCGCGCCCAGGUGAUUGUCAGGAGAACGACCGUGACGCUCUUGCGGCGGGCCGGAGCGAGCGCGGCGCUGCUGGUGAAGCCGUAGCUGAACCCAACCCCCUCGCGGUGACGGCGCCACGGCGGACGGAGGCGGCUGCCGCGGCGAGGCGGCAGGCGGAAGCCGAGCGACGGCAGGUAGCUCUGGCGACCAUCGAGAAACACCGGAGUUGCCACCGCGCGGCCUCAGCGUGCUCGCCUGCGGCCGCGCAAACGGACACGGUUCCCUCAUCGGGAGUGAACCAAGAGGGGAGGGUCCGCCUCGCCCGUGAUUCGAACUCGGUGGCAACGACGUUGACGGGCCGUCCGGUAUCGAGCGGCGAUCACCUGGGGGCCGCGCGUGCGGCGGACCGGAAGGGGAAGCUGUCUCGGACAACAAUGACGAGAGCGUUCAGUGCGCAAUCGGUGAGGUCAGGAGCGACUCUCGGAUACUACGGGAGGGAAGAGUUGAACGUCUUGUCGGCAAUCUCGAAGAACCCCAGCAGGAUCGCCGUGUACAACCGCGUCACCGAAGCAAAACAGGGCAACAACGGCGGCGAGAACAGCCCGGAGAUCGCCGUGGCACCGGUUCCUUCUCCCCACCGUCGCCGUCCUCGCACCACGCCGUCAACGAUGCGACUCUCUAGUUCAACGGCAGCACUCUCACUCAGCGGAGAGAGUUCAUCACUCACCCGAUCGCCUUCGUCCUCCUCCAACGGCAAACAACAACGCUCCGCCACCGUCCUUUCGCCUCCGCCGUCGACCGCUGCCGACGAUUCACGUGCGGAAUCCGGGGAAGGCGUUCGGCCCGCGGCAGGUCUUGCUUACGCCGGUGACGGCAAAGAGACGCCGCUGGGAGCGAUGAUUGGCCCAGGUGUGGGUUUUGGGCUGAACGUGGGCGUCAUGUCGGAGCAGCCUCCGCCGUCUCGAACGGUCAAGAUGUACCGCAACGCGGCGCGCGAGUACGGGAGGGGCGCCAGUGCCGGACAGGCAAUGUGGAUGGACCUCCAGCGGGACGUGCCGGUCGCGCGAACAGGUUCUCGUUGUCGGAGGGACAUCCACAGCGGCCGGCACGUCGGAGGAGGAACGACUUCCGCCACAGUUUUGGACUUGUCCUCAAGUUCCACGUCCACAUUUCAGGAUCUCCCUCAAAUUGGGAACACUUCGGCUUCGGAAAAAGUUUCUUGGGGAGCACGGGACGACUCGGGUACUGGUCCGGAGGGGUCUGAUUUAGAAGACUCCGACGACGAAGUCCAAGCGAUACUUGAACUGGAAGGCGGAGGGGUCGGAAGCGGGAGUAGCACCGCGCGCCACGGUCGGGGGGGCGUGGGGGGAGUCGCGAGCGCCGCGAACGACUGGUUUGCGGCCACGCGGCACGGUCGAGACGACGCGGUCCCAGGCGGAACACGGGUUGCAUUGAACAGGGGGCCCGGCUGGGAGGACACCUAUGCGUUCAGGAGAAGCACGGCGAGGCGGGCGAUUAAGACGAGCAGAAUUUUGUCCGGAAAGAAAAUGCCAUUGCUGUCUUCUGCGGCCACGCUCCCUGGAAAAUGGAACUGGGAUUGGUGCAGCCGUCCCCUUUCGGCGCUGCCCGCCGAUCGCAUUGAGUACCUCCAGAGCAAAUUCGACGACGACAUGUCGGCACCGUUCGGCGAAGCAAGGCGACCGACGUCCGCUGCAACAAUUUCAAUCGGAGACGGUUCGGCAGCACCAGCAGAAACGGCUUCGAGCAAAGCCGAAGCAGGGGCAGAUGCGGAGAUCACGAAGACAUCGACAAAGGAGGCAGAAAAAACAGACGCAGAAGGAUCGCUGUCGCCGCCUUCACCAACGGCACUCGCUGACAACAAGGGCAAAGCGGCGAGUACUGCUACUGGUGUUGUUGACAACAGCGCUGCUACGGCACACAAAGCGCGGCGGGGACGGAGUGAGAGGGUCAACGAGCACGGACGUGACGAGAAGGACUGUGACAGGGAGCAGCUCAACACCGAGCCGACGCGUGACGGAAUCAUUCGAAACGCCAGCGGGAGCGGUAGGGCCCACCUCGUGCCCGUCGAGGUCCAGAAGAGGAGCAAGGAACUGGUCAAGCUGCAGCAGAAGAUCAUCGCGCUUCUGGUAAAAGGAAACGACCACGCAAGGCGGAGGUAUAGAAUGGAUUCUCUCCCGAGAAACUGCUGUCCUGUUUCCGGAAGAGCUCUCCCCUACAUGCUUGCCGAGGAUUCGGUCUGGCGUGCCUUCGCAUUCUUUUGGCACGUUCGGAUAAGGCCGACGUUGGUGUUGCUGUUGUUGUGCUCGUGA